AUGACCAACUUUCUCCUUCUCUUUUUUGUGUUCACUCUUUUUGCUCUAUCAGUUCAAAGUGAUCGUGGUACCAAUGAUGAUAACAAAGAUAUGUUUAAUGUAGUUGAUUUCGGAGCCACCGGAAAUGGAAAAACUGAUGAUACCCAGGCAUUCGAGGAUGCAUGGAAGGCUGCGUGCAAUUCUAAGGCUUCUUCACCAACCAUGCAAGUUCCCUCGGGGAAAACAUUUCUACUACAACCCUUGGUGUUCACUGGCCCUUGCAAUGCCAAAAAUGUUUAUGUUGUGAUAGAUGGGACCAUAAUUGCGCCAAGUAAUCCAUCAGAAUGGAAAUGCGAGGACGACAAGUACUGUCGUCAAUGGAUUCAUUUUCUUGACCUCGAAGGCCUCUAUAUUUCAGGCUCUGGUACCAUCAAUGGCAAUGGAGAUAAAUGGUGGGGUUCCUACUGUGAGGACAGCCAUGAGCGUUGUAAGAAGAAACCAACGGGGUUUGUAGUAGAACAUGGCAACAAUGUGCACAUAAGUGGCCUAAACUUUAAGGACAACCCAAAAAUGCACAUUGCCUUUGAAAGGUCGACUUGGGUAUAUGUCACUGAUCUCACCAUCACUGCCCCUUCGGACAGUCCCAACACUGAUGGUAUUCACCUCCAGCACUCCCAAAACGUCUUCAUUAAACAAUCUCAAAUCGGAACUGGUGAUGACUGUAUUUCAAUUGGAGAUGGUUCUUCAAACGUUGACAUUAGGAACAUCAUGUGUGGACCAGGUCAUGGUAUAAGUAUUGGAAGUCUGGGUGAAAAAGGGAAGGAAGAGACUGUGGAGAAUGUCCAUGUUAGUGAGGUUGAAUUUCGGGGAACUGAAAAUGGAGCUAGAAUUAAAACAUGGCAGGGAGGGAAAGGGUAUGCUAGAAAAAUAGUUUUUGAGAAGAUAACAUCCCAUGAUUCAAAGCGACCCAUCAUCAUUGAUCAGUACUACUGUGACCAUGAAGACUGCCAUAAUCAAACAUCAGCAGUGAAAGUGAGCGAUGUUAGAUACAGUAAUAUAUUUGGGACAUCAAAUGAUGAGACUGCGGUGGAAUUUGCAUGCAGCGAGUCAGUUCCAUGCACAGAUAUCUCUAUGAAUGAUAUCCAUCUUAGUAGCUCAACCGAAGACACAGAUGACACACAAUCCAUCUGUUUGAACGUCAAAGGAACACAAAAUGGUGAAGUCUAUCCUCGCGUCCCUUGCUUGACCUAA